AUGCGCGUCUUGCGCGACAUUGCGGCCACCAACGGCCGGCGCAUCCCGGACGGCGUCACGCUUAAGCUCGAUGAUGAGGGAGAUGAUGCUAACGGCGGCAAGCAGAUCGAGGAGUCGUCACCGUCGUCGUCGUCGGGAUCGAUCCUGGACGUGUUCCGGUCGAGGACGACGCGGGCGAGGCUAGUGCUGUCCGUGCUCAUCAACCUUCUCUGCUCGGUGGUGUACUACGGGCUGAGCCUCAACGUGGUCAACCUCAAGACCAACCUUUACGUCAGCGUCGCCGUGAACUCGAUCGCCGAGAUGCCCGCCUACCUGCUCACCGCGCUGCUCCUCGACCACUUCGGCAGGAAGCCACUCGGCAUCGGAUAG